AAAAAUAAAAAUAGAUGAACACCUUUAACGCGAUAAUUGUUAAAGCAAUUUUUAAAUUUUAAUAAACCGAUCUCUUGGCCUCCGUUUUUUUAUUUCAGUUCAAUUGUUAAUCACAGUAUCGUACAUCUCCUUAAACAUCAUGCCUAACAUCAAAUUACAAAGCAGUGAUGGUGAAACCUUCGUUGUUGAUGUAGAAAUUGCCAAAGCAUCAGUUACAAUAAAGACUAUGCUUGAAGAUUUGGGUAUGGAGGAUGAAGAUGAUGAUGUUGUUCCUCUGCACAACGUUAAUUCUACCAUCUUGAAGAAAGUAAUUCAAUGGGCUACCUACCAUAAAGAUGACCCUCCACCACCAGAAGAAGACGAUAAUCGGGAAAAGCGUACUGAUGAUAUUGGUACCUGGGAUGCCGAUUUCCUCAAGGUCGAUCAAGGAACACUUUUUGAAUUGAUUCUUGCGGCUAAUUACUUGGAUAUUAAAGGUCUUCUCGACGUCACCUGUAAAACCGUCGCUAAUAUGAUCAAAGGUAAAACUCCAGAAGAAAUUCGCAAAACAUUCAACAUCAAGAAUGAUUUUACUCCUGCUGAAGAGGAUCAGAUUCGGAAAGAAAACGAAUGGUGUGAGGAGCGAUGAAAGAGAUAAAUGGCCGUCAACCCAUUCUUCUAUUCAUUGUAAACUUCAUUGACAGAAAUAAAAACCGCUCUUAAUUCACAAUCAUUAA